AUGCAGCUACUAGGCCAAAUCUUUCGAAGGUACGCCAGCCUACGCGCCAAACUGAGGGCAGAACAGGUGAGCAAGAGUGUGGGAAACGAUGUGAGAAACAAUAUGGUUAAUCGUGUAAGGAACGAUGCGAACGGAGUGGAUGGAGAGGCAGGAAGCCCCAACGGCAUAAGCAGAAGACAAAGGGAGAGGAACACAAAAAUAGAUGUAAAUAUAUAUGAACAGUUAAAAAGGAAAAUGUUGGGAAAACCAUUGAAUAAGGUGCAAAGGAAAUACCUGAAGGAAAAGCGACCGAAUUUUGCGCCCAUAUUUUUAGACCAGUUAAAGCCAAGAAUGAUAUUAUAUAAAACGGCUAUUCAAGUGAGUGAGUUACCUUUACCAAAAUAUCCAGAAAUAGCCUUUAUAGGUAGAUCAAAUAGUGGAAAAUCUACACUAAUUAACGAAUUGUGUGGGAGAACAAAUAAAGCCAAAGUGAGUAAAUUACCAGGAUGCACAAAAGAAAUACAUUUUUAUAAAAUUGCUAAACCUUGCUUGUUAUGUCUAGUUGAUUUGCCCGGAUAUGGAUUUGCCCAUAGUAAGGAAGAAUUACGGCUACAGUGGAAUGAAUUUACCUUAUUUUAUUUGAAAAACAGAAAAAAUUUAAAAAAAGUUUUUGUUCUCAUUGAUUGUAGAGUUGGACUAAAAACAAGUGAUAAAGAAUUGCUCCAUUUUUUUGACCGGUAUAAUAUUAAAUAUCAGAUAGUCUUUAGCAAAUGUGACUUACUGAAUACGAAAGACUUAGCCGUAAAAAUUCAAAUCGCGAACGAGGAAAUUGCCUGCUUUAAAAAUUUGGAGGCCCCAAUUAUUCCCUUAAGUUCGCUGAAAAGACAGAAUUUGAAUGAACUGCGCAAGGAAAUUGCCAGGUACCAGCUAAACAAAACCAUCGUUAAAAAUAACAUCGUGAUGAAGAUCAACGACUUGAUCGAACAAAAGAGGUUGAAGAAGUUGGCUGUAGGCGUCAAUGGCCAUGCUAAUAACGACCUUAGCGAUAUUAACCGCAUUAGCGGCACAGUAGACGAUCAGUUUAACCGCUCCACGGGAAAUACUUCAGAUGGUAGCAGCACAAAAAGUAAAAAUAGAACUCUUAACGUAGGUGAAACACUAUCAAAGGAUAUACUACUCAGUGAUGACACCAUUUCGGAAGCAUUAAAUAGGUGGAAAAAAUUAAACAAAGCGGUUGUAGAUACACCCUUUAAUAAAUACAUGGGUUUCCACAUGAAGCGCAUAAUAAACACGCUGCAGGAAAAGUUUCUGCGUCAUUGUCGUGAAGAGUUUGACGACAAUGACUUAAACAUUAUUGACGAUGUGAUUGAAAAAUGUGGUAAACUGUGUCACAAAAAUGAGAAUUCGGUGGACCCAUCCUCAAGGCAGAUAACUGAUGAAGAACAAUUCUGCGUGAAAAACACACAGAGUCAUUACAUUAAGGGGACCACUUAUAUGCAAAAUAAACAAAGGAAAUACAAGAAAGGAUUGGAGUCAAGGAAAGAACAAUUGGAAGGUGAUAUGGAGAAGAAACACUUAGAGGGAGAAACCAUUGACGAUAAAUCUAGUAAUAAGCAUGUUAUUGUAGAUUUACCCCCAUGGGAAAUGUCUGAUGUAGGAAUCAGCGAAAAGAUUGACGGAAAUGAAAAUGAGAAAACCGACAUAAGGAGCAACGAAACGAUAUCGGAAGAGACAUGGGAUAUGGACAAAUGGGUGCUUGAUAAUAACGCAAGAUAUAGUACAAACGAUUUGGAAGAUCCCGAGAGUAAUGAGCAUAAAAACAAAACUGAUGAUUAUUCGAAUAUCUCUUUACUGAGUAGUAUCGACUCUAUGGAACUAGAGAAGGAACUCCUUUUGGACAGUCUACUCUUAUCGGAUGAAAAAAGGAAGAACAAAUAUGAGUACCACCAAUGCGAAAAUGUAAAAAUGGAUAAUUUAUUUGGAGAAAACAAAAACAAAUCAUGGAGCGAACAGUUUAAACGGGAGGAUUAUUCCAAGGUUAAGGAUAACAUUCUGUUGGAGGAGGAAGAUACGUAUGCCCCUGAGGAUUAUGCAAGUGGAUUAAAGAGGAGUAAAGCAGCCUCACAGAAUGGUGACAUCCUCUCCAAUUACACGUUUAACAUGAAGGAUAAAGGCACGCAUCAAAUAUACGAAAAAAUAAAAUCAGAUGCCUACAAGAUGUAUAGAAGUAGGCAACUAGAAAAUUUAGACAUUCAAACCAGUUCAGGCACACCUGGACAAGGCAAAAAUUUACAAAAGGGGGAAACGCACACCAUCAUUCGUUCUGCUUCACAAGGGGACAAAACCCGUGUGGAAAAGAACUCACCUAUAUGUAGUGGCUCUGCCGAUGAUCUAGCCUCCCCGCAGGGUGCAUCCUCCACAAAUAGAGAAAACACGCAUGUGAAGAAACAUUACAUUGGCUUAAAAACCAGAAGCACCAUUAUCAAAGGAACGAAGAAAUUAAAAUUAUUUGGUAAAAAAAGAACCACGGACAUUGUUCACGUUCCUGUUGAUUUGGCAACCGAUUAUUUUAAGUUAAGCAACAACUCCACCAUUUAUGAUAAGAAGAAGAACAGUUGGAAUUAUAUUAACUCCAAAUAUAACAAGUGGCUUAAAAAAAUGACACGCAAGAGGGUCCCCACCGAAAUAACCGGCCCAGUUAAAAAGGUAGAUGUCAUGGUGAGAUAUGCAGAGAAGCAGGAAAGCAAAUAUAAGAAGGAGAAGAACAAAAUGCUCAUGCGGAAGAAAAACCUGGGUAUGAUUACUAAACCGCCGAAUCAUAAGAAGGGCGGGAAGAUAUCAAGAAAUUAUACCCUAUCGGAUGAGCAAAAGAUAUUUGAUAGGGAGGCCUUUUUUAAGUAUCGCGAUGUUCAAAAGUGA